AUGUGGCCAUUCGCGGUCUGGGGGCUGGACAUGGUUGGGCCAUUCUGGAAAGCACUCGGGGGCUACGACCACCUCCUCGUUGCGGUGGACAAGUUCUCCAAGUGGAUCAAGGUGAAGCCGAUCGCCCAGAACCACUCCGAAGACGCAGUAGAGUUCUUUCUCGACAUUGUCUACUGCUUCGGGGUCCUAAACUGCAUCAUGACCGACAACUGGACACAGUUCACCAGGAAGAAAUUCCUGCUACAACGAUUACCACAUCCGGGUCGAUUGAGCCUCAAUCGCGCACCCCCGAACCAACGAGCAAGUCGAGCAUGCCAAUGGCAUGGUCCUGCAGGGCCUAAAGCCGCGCAUCUUCAACCGCCUCUACAAGUUCACAGGGUGCUGGGCCGGAGAGUUGCCGGCGGUACUGUGGAGCCUGCACACGAGCCUAAACCGAUCCACCGGGUUCACUCCCUUCUUCAUGGUGUAUGGCAUGAGGCUGUGCUCCCGACCGACCUCGACUACGGCGCGCCGAGGGUGCAGGCGUACGACGAGAACAGGUAG